AUGGGCCUUCCGACAAACCAUACACCGGAGUCUGUCGCUGACUAUAUCAUACGCAUUCUCCACACUUGUGAAAACACACCGUACAUCGGCGAGUCAAUUUCCCAGCUCCAACAUUCCCUCCAAUGUGCCGCACAGGCUGCCUCAGCAGUUCCACCUGUGGACGAGGAAACACAGGUUGCUGCCCUGCUCCACGAUAUCGGGCAGUAUGCACCGGCCAAAGAUCUUCGCGAGCUUGCUGGCGCCAGUACCAUCCAAAAUCUAGGAGGCCAGCCGGCAGGCCAAAGUGUGGGACGGGUUGGACACGAGGUCCUGGGAGGUCGAUUUCUCCUGGCACUCGGGUUCUCGCAGAAGGUGGCUCGCCUCGUGGAAUCCCACGUCGCAGCCAAGCGUUACUUAUGCGCGGUCGAUCACAGCUACAUGGACAAGCUAUCUGAUGCGAGCAAGAGGAGCCUUGCCUACCAAGGAGGUCCGAUGAACGAUGACGAGCGGGACACGUUCGGUGCUGAGAAGUGGUGCCAAGAGAUGUGCCAGCUGAGGCGCUGGGACGAUGAGGCCAAGAUCGAGGGCCUGGAGGUCAGGAAUCUUGAGAGCUGGAGACCCAUACUUUCGCGACAGUUGCAAAAGAAUAUGGGAAAAACUUGA